ACGCAAAGAAAGGAGGAAGAAGGUGGAAGAAGAGAAGAUCUGCCAUCUUCGUGAGGUCGAAGUCUGGAGCGCAGGAUGCCAAGACAUUGCUCAGCUGGCGGCUGCAAAUCUCGAGACAACCGUGAGACUCGUAAUGCUGGAAUCACCUUUCACAAGUUACCUAAAGGAGCACCUCGGAGAAACCUUUGGAUCACUAACUCUCACCGUGCAGACUCCUGGGAUCCUCAGACUGACUUUGUCUACUUCUGCUCCAAACAUUUCACCCCAGAGAGCUUCGAACUGACUGGAUGCAGUGGGAUCAGGAGACUAAAGGAAGAUGCUUUCCCUACAGUAUUUGAUUCCUCUUCAACAACCAAAUGCAGAGGAGCAGGACCACCGCAGACACCACAGGACAUUCCCAUCAGGAAGAAUCCCUGCCUAUCGGACCAGGAGGACACUCAGCAGGACACAGACAGGGGUCCAACUUCAGAUGAAGCCACAGUCCAGAGGUCAGUGGCAGCAGCUGAGGAUAGCAGUGAAAACACACCUGCACCUUCUCAAGAGCCACCAGUCGGUGGGGAGGAGCAGAUCUCUCAGCAGGACUGUGGUCAGUCACCAGGGUCUCGUCCCCUCUCUCCAUCAUGUUACAUGAGGCGUUUGCCCCCUCCUCCAGGCUUCUACCUGCCAAAGGAGCACAGCUAUGCUCAGCUCUGCCCCCUGAUGUGGAGGAAACGUUACAACCAGGCUAUUGACUGCUUGGAGAAAGCCCUACGACAACUGCACGCAGCAAGGCGUAGGGAGAACCGCCUGCGUAGCACCGUGCUGAGGCUCCGUGAUAAACGGCUGAGGCACACUCUUCUUGUGUCACAAGACGGUUGUAAAAAGAGGGUGAGCCGCACACCAGAGAGGGAGAAGAGACGGGAAAAGGGAGGCUCUUACCAGGUGGAGAGUGACACUAUUGCUAAAUAUGAGGAUACAGGGUUGUUUGAAGACAUGUGUGUGGAUGAUCAGAUGGAGUUGGGGAACCAGUUUCUUCCAGACACUACCAGCUGGUCUGAGGAGGAGAAGGGAUACUGUUUUUACUGUGGAACAGGGCAGGUGCAGGUGGAUCGGGUAGCAUGCAAAGUUUCAAAGAGCGGGAAAGAUGCCCCGCCCACAGCGCAUAGGGACUCUGCUGAAACCAGUACUUGUUGCACAGCUGAAAGUGCCAAAGACAGACAAGUAGUCAGGCGCGAAAAAACGAAAAAAAGUGUAGAAAUUGUUGACUCGAGUUCCCAAGUCCUGCCCCAGACUCAAGUGCAACAUGUGAGCCCUGCUAAGGUGACUCUGCCUGAUAUCCAUGAGCAUAAUCUGCAGUUGUUAGGCUCUCAGCAGAAGCUGCUGCUCACUGACACGUGUGAAGCGGACAAUGAAGCUCAGGGUCAGGAGCAUCACUUGGACCUGCAGCAGCAGCAGCAGCAGCUGUUUUGGAUCCAGGACAUCACCGAGGGACAGGUCAUUCUGGUGCCUGUCUCUGCUGAAGACGGGUUACAAAGCUUCAUAAAGAUGGAGGAAGUAGCUGAUGAAGCACAAACCAUACUUGUGUCAGAAGUGGAUCUUAAAGGAGACAUGGAGGACAUUACAGAGAAUAGCAGAGGUCUGCCCAGAGUUGAACCAGGCUGUGAUGAUGAACACAGGGAGCACCAGUCUGUUAUGGACACUACACCAGGGACAAUGGGAGAAGAUGUGAGGGAGAAACUUAAAGAACACCUGGAGGGAUUUCACCUCCAACUGAGCACCGAGUUUAUAAACUGACAGGAUGUUCCAAAGAAACACAGCGUCAUUUAUUUGCCUGAAUGAUUCAUUUGAGCCAGUCUUGAAUAUGCUAAGUGGUGUGUAGGCCAAAUGUGUUUUUCCACAGGGGGCUUGGCCUCUGCUGAACUCAUUCUGAUGCAAAUCAACGGUUAUAUUUUUGCUUUUCUGUGCAGAACCAAAUAAUCAGUGCAUGCCCAUAAGUGUAUUGUGGGUGUAUCAGAGCCUGACAUCUCUUCUAUUAAAACACAUCAUUGAGCCACUCUGUGCUGGUAGACAAGAUGAAACUAUACAUCUGUAAAUACUGACAUAUUCAGUUGGAGAUAAUGGGGUUGGAAUUGAGGCAGACAGCAAAGGGAAGUCAGAGAGUAGACACACUACCACACUGCUUGUUUUGGACUUGUCAUGGGAGUUGUUGACAAUUAUAAAAAUGUUCGCUUUAUCUGUAAAUCGUAAAAUAUUCUACAAAAGAAUGAAAAGAAAUGACAAACAUGAAGGUAAAUCUUUGUUGCUGAAAUAAAGGAACAAUUACAGUUUGACUCGUACAGCUGAACAUCCCUGUUGAUCCAAGAUGAACAUGUGGAAGACUGAAAAAGUUUACCUUAAAUUACUUUAUUGUUUCCUCAAUACUGUUUGAAAUAAGGCUUCGGUAUGUGGAUGGAAUCUAAAUAAAUACAUCACAACCUCGAUAUAUAAUCUUUACAAAAACAGCCUCAUUCCAUGACAUGUCUGAAAAGUAUUUAUCUUGCUGGAAGGAUUUUACCUGAUAUCUCUUCAGGAUCUUAGCUCUUCGAUCUUUGUUCUGGUAUCUGAAAUGAAAAGUUAUGUAGACGCUAUCGAUUACUGGGGCAACUUCCCUAUAUGUUGACACAAAGAGAUAAAUGUCUGGCAGUUUAUGCAUUCCUUAUUCGUUUAGUUGAUCCAACCAGUUGAUGGAAACGUUCCUAAUUUGCAUUUUCUUUAAUGCGACAUUUAAAAAAAAUGCGUCAAAUACGCUUAAACUUUAAUAGAAACACAUCUAGUGAGCAGAACCUCCAUCAUGUGGAAUCAUUCUGCAGGAAAAUCACUCUUAUCAAUAACAAAUGCUAGGAGAGCAGAACAACACAACGUACAUUAUUUCAUAAGCUUCCCAUUAAAACAUCCCAGGAAUGUUUGAUAGGCCUUUUUUACUCAUGACUUUCUUCUUGCACCAACUGAGAUUAAUCAGCACAAUUCUUCCUCCACACCUGCAGAUAUGAUACAGUGCAUUAGUAAUGUAUGCUUACAUUCGCUGACUUGACAUUUCAACAUGUGUUCACUCCACCCAUGGCCUUCUUUCAGCUGGGUUUUCUCAGCUUGGAUCAAUAAAAAGUCUGUAGAUGUAGAUUAAGAUGUGGCUGUUUACCAGGCAGGAAUGACAGGGAUGUGAUGCAAAAUGGAAAAUAUAAGAUCCAGUGUUUUUGGAAUUUGACCCCUGUAACAGACUUUAUGUACAAUAUGAAUGUUUUGUGUUUCAGAGACAUAAACA